AUGUCAGGCAAUUCCAGCGUCGGAAACCGCAGUGUCUACGAGGCCGGUGACCAGCGCAAUGUCCCCGUGUCCGAGCUCCAAGAGCGUGCCCGUUACGCCGAGGGCAUGCCCCAUAGUCACAAGAACCUUGAUUCUAAAGAUGGCCGCUCCAUUGCGAACAAGCUUGCCUCCCAGGAGAACAAGCCCGACUCCUCAAAGCACAAGAGCGAGUACGAUGCUGAGGCCGAGUUGAGCAAGCAAGAUCCCACCAAGCCCGCUAAGAUGCAUGGCAAUGCUCCUUCUAAAGGUGCUAAGAUUGAUGCCGAGCUCCAGGCUGAGGAUGAGCAGCGUCUGCAGGAAAAGGGCAUUAAGCACUAA